AUGUCCUAUCUUGUGGCGGUCAUGGUAGUGGUAGCCGCCGCACUUGUACCAGUCUCCACCGGGAAAACAUAUAUUGUAGGGGACAGUUUAGGGUGGACUGUUCCUCCUGAAGGCGUUGUGGCGUACUCCGACUGGGCUUCCCGACAUAAAUUCAUGGCUGGCGACAUUCUGGACUACGAAGAAGAAGACCAGAUGCAGACGACAUCAAACAAGCCGUUUACCGCUGCGUUUGAUCCGUCAAACCCUUUAGGAUUUCUGGAGAAGGUUUUUGAGUUCGUGGCGCGAGAGAGCGAUUUAUUCAAGAGUGAUUCCUUGAUAAAGGAUGUGAGUGCUGUGGUUAGAAUGGUGAAGGAGAAAGUGGAAGUCGAGGAGAAGAAGAGGAAAGAAUUGAAGGCUGAACGAAUUGUAAGAGCUGAAAAGAAAUUGAAGGAGGAUCCACUAUUGGCUACUGAGGUGAAAAAGAAGGAGUUGGAGCCGGAGGUCAUGGAGGAGGAAAAGGGAAGUGAUGCUAAAGAGGAGGAGAAAAAUGGGCCUCGAGCUCCUAACAAAGGCAAUGGUCUUGAUAUGGAUAAGUACUCAUGGGGUCAAUCUUUGCAAGAGGUUAAUGUUGUUGUUCCUGUACCUCCUGGAACAAAGUCAAGGUUCAUUGUGUGUGAAUUUAAGAAGAAUUAUCUUAAAGUUGGGCUCAAAGGUCAUCCUCCAGUUAUUGACGGUGAACUCUUCCAGCCUAUCAAGGUCGAUGAUAGCUUCUGGAGCUUAGAGGAUCAGAAAUCUGUUUCUAUCCUCCUUACCAAGCAGAAUCAGAUGGAAUGGUGGAAGUACCUGGUGAAGGGUGAGCCGGAGAUUAAUAUCCAGAAAGUAGAACCUGAAACCAGCAAACUUUCAGAUUUGGACGCCGAAACGCGUUCAACUGUGGAAAAGAUGAUGUUUGACCAACGACAAAAAUCCAUGGGCCUUCCAACAAGUGAUGAAAUGCAGAAGCAAGAGAUGCUAAAGAAGUUUAUGGCUGAGCAUCCAGAGAUGGACUUUUCAGGGGCAAAAGUUUGCUAA